AUGGCGACCUCGACCUCCAGCUACCAGCUCGACAGCGACAGCUACCAGCUCGACAGCGACAGCUAUCAGCUCGACAGCGACAGCGACAGUUCCGAACCUUUGGAACCCUACUGCUACCAGAGCCAAGCCCUCCUACUGGCCUUCGACGCCAAGACCAACCAGAUCGUCAUCGACCAAGACACACCGCCGUUGCGCUUGCCCCUGCCCCUCAACUUGCAUUUGCCACCGCGGCAACACGACGCAGCACCUGCAGGUGAAGGAUUCGUCUUUAUUCUCCCCCCCAAGACCCUCAAGGCCGCCCAGCUGGCGCAAGAGGCUCUCCUGGCCGACCGCGCCGUCACAGCCUACGUCGACACCCUGCGACACUACCACUUCUCUCUCUGGCUCGCCGAUCCCCACCGCGGCCCUUGCACAAGACUCUACCGCAAGGCUGAGCACAUCCCCGAGGACAGCCUUCUCUACAUUGACGCUGGUGAUGCCGCUGGUGAUGCCGCUGCUUCUACCUACGUUCCUCAUCUGCUGCAGCAGAGCCUCAGUCCACACCAAGACACCCCCGACGCACUCGAUGUACAACAGAAGCACCGUCUUGCCACCUGCAAAACCGAAUGCUUACAAGUGUACCCCAAAACCAAGGCCAUGGUGGGCCAGCCGUACAGCCCAACCAUCACAGAUGUCCGCCGGCUCCAAAUCAACCCCUCCCUCCUCCUCCAAUCGCUCAAAGAAGACAAAGAUGACACUUCGUCCGGACUCACCGCCGCCGCCGCCUCGAGUGUCAAGUCAAACCGCAAGACCAGCAGAAGCAGCAGGAAGAGAAGGAAUCGGAGAUCAAGGAGGGAGGCCGCGGAGCAGAAGCAGCAAAAGGAGAGAAGCUGCAGUCCCGACCACUCAACCACCACGGCCCUUGAUACUGCCACAGGAAAGUCUACUCCCGCUCGCGCUCGAACAGCUUCACCACCAGGUUCUUCCUUUUCCUCUGCACAGCCGUCAUAUCAGCCGUCGGACACUCCCGGCAUCGAUUCGGCUCCAGCAGGCCAACAGAACAAAGCCGACAACAACAAAGACAAGAUGCCAGUCCCCGAGUACGUCCAUGUCAUCGGCCCGCUGUUGGUCCCUUCCAACCGCCGCUACCAGGGUAUCGAUAUCGGCUGGGCUCCAGAGGGCUUCCAGGAGACGGGCUUUCAGGUGGUUGUGGAUGUGGCUGCUCGUGGAGACUGCAAGCCCGUCUGGAUCGUCUACGACUACUUCCCCCUCGAGCCCGAGUCGGGCACCUGGCGCACGCGCGAUAGAGGCGUUCCAGUCCCGCUGCGCAACGACACGCUUCACGGUGUCUGGCCGGGCCUCAGCCGCAUCGGCGGCGCCUCUACAUCUCGUUCGUCUCCCAUCUUGUUUGACGUCGCCAUGUUGAUGGAAGACUUUGGUGCGUGGGGGACCCUGUCGGCCGAGCAGAUGGAACAAACCCUAUUGAGCACGGCGACAUUGCGCGGCCUGGAGAUUGCAACCAUUCCGUACGAUGACAAGUGCCUCUUGGACAUGCAGGCGGACGCGGUUUCUCUUGGUGGUGGCAGUGGCAGUGUUGGUGGAAACAAGCCUUGA